AUGGCGCCAACACAUGGCCGUCCCAAUCGUCCUCUAGCGGCUUGCAAUUGGUUCAGAACUGCAAAAGGCUGCCACUACGGCGGUAGAUGCAAAUUCUCCCAUGAGAUCCCUUCUAGCGGAGCGGGCAACACGCAUCAUAUGACCAGAGACAUGCCAAAUCCACGCGAGCAAGACAACAAUCCUUCAGCAAAAUUCCGCGUUUGGAGAUCGUUCAUUGCCGAAGACAGGAGCAGCUCAGUAACCUUACCACUACCCGCACGAUUCUUCUUGGAAGCAUUGUCUUUCGUUGACGGAGAUGUGGCCACUAUGCAAGAGACCGUCCUUUUACUCGCCAGAGAGGGUGGUCUCCAGCGCAUCAAACAAGUCACUGAUCGCUCACUCGAAAGCCUGGGUCAGGAGCAACGGCGAAAAUACUUUCAUGAACAGGUCAUGCCACUACUCAAGAUAAUUACGCAUCCACAAGCCCUGGCAUCCGCGUUGCUAGACACUGCCAUAGGCACCAUCAACAACUUCUUGUACGGGCAACAAGGACAGCGUGCUGUCAAAUUCUUCGGCAGUGCAGCCACCAUGCUUCAGCAGCACCUCACUGAAGAUGAUGACGCUACUGGGUUGAACGUUGGGUCAGUUGUGUCUGCGUUCUCAAAUGUCAUUGACUCCAACACUCAUACCUUGGUGAACGAAAACCUCGCCCCAAUUGCACACAUACUGUUCGACCUUGUCCAGAGCAUCAAUGACAGUGAGGCACGUCAAGUCCAGAAGACCAUGCACCGGGUCAACCACAGACUAGGGCUUGGACGACAGCUGGCAUCCCCAAAGCCUUCAAAGGCUGCGCCGCAUGGGCGGGCUAUAUUUGCCCUGGACCGGGAUUUGCCGGGUGACCAGUCCAAGGGAGGGAGGCGCCAUGACAAUGAUCAUACCGAUGCUUGCAACAUUCAAAUCAUGCCGACCUCCGACGAAAUCAGAGCGUCGCGCUCCGAGUAUCUCCCAACCGCUGAUCAACAUGACUGGCAUCUUCCUGGUGUGGCUGGACUGCUGGAUCGAAACUUUCGACUGCUUCGUGAAGAUACGGUUGGCCAGUUGCGUGAUGCUAUCCGUCACGAGCUGGACGCAUCUUACCGCCAUUCGCGAGGUGCAAAUGCCGAAGGUUCAAGAAAGUUGACCUACGAAAAUGUUCUCGCUGUGGCUCUGUCUUUUUCCAUGUGGCAAGGCCUCCUUGUCACCAUUCGCUUUGAGCAACCACCCCAUCUGCGCAGACUGUCCGCCAACGCAAGAAGGGAUUGGUGGGAAUCAUCGAAGCGCCUCCGGCCAGACUCCCUGAUCUGUCUCCUCUCGACCAGUGGCUCAGUGAUAUUUUGCUCAGUGGUUGAGCCGAGGAACCCGGCCACUGCUGGAAAGGCGGGGGUUGCAGAGCCCGCUGGUCCCGGUGUUCAGGACGGCGGCCAGCAGCCUGGGAAGCUCGAUUUGUUCACGAGUGCUGAGCACGGGUUUGUCAGUGUCUCCUUGGUCGACGCGAACAGGAGAAACGUGGAUGAAGUUCUGAAAUUGUACAAGAAUGCCUCUCCUUCCACCUACGAGAUUGUUGAAUUCCCAGGAGUCUUGCUUCCUUCUUUCGAGCCGACACUAAAGGCCCUACAGUCUAUGCUUCGAUCACAGGAUUUGCCCUUUGCGGAGUAUCUGGUAAUCAACGAGGACACCGAUCUCUCAGCUGUUGCGCCUCCCGACUACGCUACUAAGCCCGAUUUCCGUUUUGAUGUGGGUUGCAUCAUGAAAGGCGGUCAACAGAUGCACCUUACUGCAGGCGACGAGGCUAACUACGAUGCCUUUCGGACCAACUCAGAGCUUGAUAAAGCUCAGGCUCACGCAUUGCUCGCCUCGCUGAAUCGCUCCAUGGCGCUCAUUCAGGGUCCUCCCGGAACUGGAAAGAGCUUCACAGGAGUGGCUUUGAUUAAGGUGCUCCUGAAGAAUCAUCAAGCCGCUCGACUUGGCCCGAUACUAUGUGUGUGCUAUACAAACCAUGCUCUGGACCAGUUGCUCGAGGAUCUUGUGCGGCAGAAUGUCAGUCAGAAAAUCAUCCGUAUGGGUUCACGCUCCAAGUCCGAAUUGUUGAAAGAUUGUAACCUGAGUGUACUGGCCAAGGCUAUGGACCUCACGAGAGCGGAGAAGCAGGAAAAUUGGCUGUCGAAGGAGGACAUGUCCAGAGAUGAGAACGAUGUCCAAACCCUCAUCAAGUCAAUCUCACAAGGCCGCAAUGUUGAGACGUUGAAGAAGUACCUUGAAGUUUGCCACCCAGACCACUAUGACUUUCUUUUCAGUGACUCUGUGGAUGAAGAAGGGUUUCAAACCGUUUCAUACUCGGAGAGCAAUUUGUUGAGAAAUUGGCUUCGUGGCGGUUCCCGUGGAGAACAACUCCGUCCAGAGGAAGUGCUCAUUGACAUCCCCCUCCAUCACAUGAGCCAUCGUGAAAGACAACGGAUCUAUGGCUAUUGGCAAGAAGCCAUGGAAAAAGUCCUUCAUGAGCAGUUGUUCAAUGCCCUCGCGGCGUACGGUAGGAGCAAGCAGCAUCGGGAGAUGGUGAGAGCAAGCGUGGAUCUUCGCUGCCUGCAACAAGCUGACAUUAUCGGCGUCACAACCACUGGUCUUGCGAGAUCGUUGCCACUCCUGAGAAAGCUCAAGGUCAAAGUACUCGUCUGUGAGGAGGCUGGAGAGGUCUUGGAAGCGCAUAUCCUCACGGCACUACUCCCGACUCUGGAGCACGCGAUCCUGAUUGGGGACCACCUUCAACUACCUCCCCAUAUCCAGAGCUAUGGACUCUCCCGCGAGAACCCAGCAGGCCAACGAUAUUCUUUGGAUGUCUCGCUUUUCGAGAGACUCGUCUCGACCGCAGGCUCUUCCCGCACGACGAUACCGUUCAGUUCCCUCGAAAUUCAGCGGCGAAUGCAUCCUUCCAUCUCCGAGCUCAUCCGAAACACCCUGUAUCCGAAUUUGUCCGACUCGCCUACGGUUCAGGGAUAUCCUGAGGUUGUUGGGCUGAAAAAGAGAUUAUUUUGGAUGGAUCACGAGCACCAAGAGGACUCCGUCACCGAGGCUACCAGCUCCUUCUCCCACUCCAAUGCUUUUGAAGUCAAGAUGGUCACCGCAAUGGUGUCUCACAUUGUGCGACAGGGGACAUACCAGGCCAACGAUAUUGCGGUCUUGACGCCGUAUCUUGGACAAUUGCAAAAGAUUCGGAGGGUGUUGCAGGCGUCCUUUGAGAUCUCAUUGUCCGAAGGUGACGCUCUGGAAUUGGAGAAGCAAGCCAUCGGCAAUGAAGAGGAAACUCCCAUUCGAGGCCCGGCGCCCAUGCUGCAGAAGACAUCCCUCCUGAAAGCUCUCAAAGUUUCCACGAUUGACAACUUCCAAGGAGAAGAAGCCAAGGUCGUGGUGAUUUCCCUCGUGAGAAGCAACGAUCAAAAUAAAUGUGGGUUUCUGCGGACAUUCAACCGAAUCAAUGUCUUGCUUUCUCGGGCGAAGCAUGGCAUGUACAUCUUCGCCAACUCCCGUACAUCAGGUCAUGUUCCAAUGUGGUCUUCCGUGAUCCAAAUGCUCCGAUCAGGCGAUAAUUUCGGCCCUUCCCUUGAACUCCAAUGUGCACGUCACCCAGAGAAUGUGUUUCACGUCUCGAAACCCGAUGACUUCCACAUUUUCUCUCCUGAGGGCGGUUGCAAUCUGCCAUGCCAAUGGAGGCUUUCAUGUGGUCACUCUUGUCUCAGUAAAUGCCAUUCCGAGAUGUUACACAGCGCCGUCAAGUGCCUGGAAGAUUGUCCACGAUCCUUGAGAGGGUGUGAGCACUCUUGCCCCAACAGAUGUGGUGACCCAUGUCCGCCUAGAUGCUUGGAGAGUGUAAAUGAACUUGCAAUUACCCUUCAAUGCGGACAUUUGCGCCACAGUCUGCCUUGUUGGCAAGCGCAGGAUCCUUCGGUUAUAAUCUGUCGAGAUCUGGCUGAGAAGCUUGUCCCUGGUUGCAACCACAAGAUUCGAGUUGAAUGCUGUGUCGAUGUCAGCUCAGAGGGCUUCAAGUGCCAUGUGCGUUGUGGGGCAUAUCUUCCAUGUGGGCACGUGUGCCAGAAGCCUUGCAAUUCCUGCAGGACCAAAGGAGAUGGCAACGUGGUCCUGGAAGAGCACGGCAUCUGCCCCCAGAUCUGUGGCAGAAAUUAUACUACCUGCAAACAUCAAUGCGAGGCUGCUUGCCAUGGAGGCGGCAAUUGUCCACCCUGCCGAAAGGCAUGCGAAGUCUCAUGCAGCCACUCGACGUGCAGCAGGCAAUGUUGCGACCCUUGUGCACCCUGUGCUGAGGAUAACUGUGCUUCUAGCUGCCCGCAUGGCAGUUGCACACUGCCUUGUGCAGCGCCCUGUGACUGGCUUCCCUGCUCAAGACGUUGCGCGAAAUUGCUCGAGUGUGGACAUCAGUGUCCGACCGUGUGUGGCGAGGAAUGCCCUCCCCCAAGAUACUGUCAAGUUUGUGCUUCGCAGGAUGUCAAAGACAUGGUGGUCGAUUUCCUUGAAAUGGCAACAUUCGUCGAGGUCGAUCUUGAUGAGGAUCCUUGCCUGAUCCCUCCAUGCGGUCAUAUCAUUACCACGUCAAGCAUGGAUGGGCACAUGGCCAUGUCGAAAUACUACACCGUCGGGCUGGACGGGAAGAUUGUAGACAUCCUCGAGCACAACGAGCCAUUUUCCGUGAACGAACUAAAGGUCUGCAGCACUUGCCGAGGCUCCCUGAGAAAAUUAUCUCGUUAUGGCCGCAUCGUACGACGAGCAGCAAUUGACGAAGCCACCAAGAAGUUCAUUGUUUCGGCCAAUCGAUUGUUCAUGCAACUAUUCGAAAAAUUUCAUCGCCAGAAUGCCGACUUGAUGAACACCAGGCAAGCAUUUGGCAGAGAAAUGAGGACAACAGAAGCUGGGAAACUUGCAUUGACAGAUGGCCGUGACCAACAGCUGAACGUCAUAUCGAAAGCCCCGAUCAAGGGCCGUUAUUCCCAAGCAAUGCGUAUUCGUCACAAUAUCCGGAAGUACCUCAGAUUGGUUGACAUCCAGGAACAACCCUUCAAACGGGUUUGGGACAUGGUCCAACACGCACGAAAGCGCCAGAAGACGGACGGUCAUAUGCAGUAUCAGCCUACGGUAUUGCAGACAAGCCAAACUCUGCAGGCUACAGCACUUCUCUUGAGGUGUGACCUCGCCAUUUUGUCCGAUUUCCUGGAGCUGCUGGGUCCGAAUAUGGGAAACUUGGACCUCAAGGCGAACCGAGCUGACUGUAUCACUCUCGAAGAGGCCGCCAGGCAAGCACACCAGCCAGCUAUCGAGGUCGAGGCCCAUGUCUUCCAUGCGCAGUUCUGCCUUGCUGAAAUGAGAUUCAGUAUUGAGCAUGAAGAAGCAGGCCGUCUGAAGUCAGAGGCCGGCAAAUGCAUUGCUGCAGCAGAUGAAUUGACCCGCGAGUAUCCUGGUCAGACGGGCCGCGUGGCUGGGGACGUCAAAGCCGUCGAGUCUAUGCUGAAGGAUUCAUCGUUCACAUCGGUCGUCAGAGACGAUGAAUGGAGACAUGUGAUGGCAGCAAUGGCCACCGAGUUCAGAGGCACGGGUCAUUGGUACACUUGUGCGAACGGUCAUCCUUUCACGGUUGGAGAGUGUGGGAUGCCCAUGGAAGCAACCCGGUGUCCACAGUGUAAUGCCCCUGUCGGCGGACAGAAUCAUCGCCCUGCAGAGGGAGUACAAGCAGCGACAGACCUGGAACAGAGGUUUGGUCGAUUGCAGAUAUGA